AUGAUGAUCAAGCCAUGCAUGUCGGCUCUGAAACAUAUCCAGCCAUUGUUGAGCUUCCAAGGACACACAGGGAUUACGAUGAUCGACGUCCCGUUUUUCCGGAGGAAAGACAAGGUCGUCUUCAUCAUGGGAGCCACCGGAACCGGAAAAUCCCGCCUCGCCGUCGACCUGGCAGCGCGUUUUCCGGCGGAGAUCGUAAACUCCGACAAGAUCCAAGUCUACGAGGGCCUCGGCGUCGUCACUAACAAGGUCACGCCGGAGGAAAGCCGCGGCGUUCCCCACCACCUGCUCGGCACCGUCGACCCCAACACCGACUUCACGGCCGCAGACUUCGCGCGUGAGGCUACACGCGCCGUCGAGUCCAUCGUCGAGAGGGACAGAGUCCCCAUCAUCGCGGGAGGGUCAAACUCGUACAUCGAGGCCUUGGUCAACGGCUGCGCUGACUUUAGGCUUAGGUACCAAUGUUGCUUCCUGUGGGUCGAUGUCUCGAAACCGGUCUUGCACUCUUUCGUCUCCGAGCGUGUCGACAAGAUGGUCGAGAUGGGUCUCGUGGACGAGGUUCACCGGAUCUUUGAUCCAUCGGCGGAUUACUCCGUCGGAAUCCGCCGCGCCAUCGGAGUCUCGGAGCUCGACGAAUUUCUCCGGUCGGAGUUUGACGAGUCAUCCGGCGACGAGGAAAACAGAGCAAGGUUACUUCAGACAGCGAUUGAAACGAUCAAAGAGAACACGUGUUCGCUCGCUUGUCGGCAGUUGCAAAAGAUCCAGAGGCUAUACAAGCAGUGGAAGUGGAACAUGCACAGGAUCGACGCGACGGAGGUGUUUCUCCGGCGAGGAGAAAAAGCCGACGAGGCUUGGGAGACAGUUGUGGCUAGGCCGAGUUCCAUCAUCGUGGAGCAGUUCCUCGGUUACGGCACCGAAGAUCAUCGCCGUUUGAACAGCGCCGAGAUUCUCUUACCGGAGAUGACGGCCUUGUCGCCACUCCCUGCUGUCGCAGCCAUUUCCCGGUGAAACAGACGCCAGAAACAGAGCAAGAUUCGGAGCCGCCAUAUAAACUAAAGUAUAAGGGAUUGAAUCUAGAGAGAGAUAGGGACAGAGACACGAAAAUGCCACGUGGCGAAAUGGGUCGCCGUCGGGGAAAAUUUUACAUAAUCUGCUUGCUAUAGUGUGCCUAUAGUUACCAUACGGUAUAUAAAUAUUGAUUGGAAGGAGACUGAAACUCACGCGCGGAGGAGGACCCAGGCAAGUUAGGAUUCGGUGCUGACGAAUGUAGGGUAAUACGAUGGGGUGGGGAAUCUUUGCCGUCAGAUUUUGUCAACGCGGGUAUUGUGUGUACCCAAAUGUGUGAAAAGUGGACCCCGCUUUUGACGAAAGAUGUGUGGGUCCCGAUUUUGUUACAUAAAUA